UCUUGGUCUUAGGGAUAACAUUACUAAUCUGUUGUCGCUGCAGCAUAGUAGGCUUUACCUGUGUUAAAAUAACACCUACACAGGUGCAUCCGGCUUGUGUAACAGACCAUAGUGUCCGGGUUUGUAAAACACGGAACUCAGGAGAAGUAGGGAUGGCAGUACGAAUGAACCACUGUCAUGGUGUGUGUCUACUUUUUACUCUGAAUUCUGAGAUCGGUGGAGUUCAGUGAAACUGAUGUAAUGUACAGCGGAUUUUGACUAUUUCUGGAGAAUUUUGUUGUUGCUACCAUGGGAGUGCACGGACUGUGGAGGCUGCUGGAGAGCACAGGGAAGCCCAUCAACCCGGAGACUCUGGAGGGAAAGAUCCUCGCUGUCGACAUCAGUAUCUGGCUGAACCAGGCAGUGAAAGGUGUCAGGGACCGUGAUGGCAACAGCGUCCAGAAUGCACACCUUCUCACUCUCUUCCACCGCAUCUGUAAGCUGCUCUUCUUUCGUAUCAAGCCCGUUUUUGUGUUUGAUGGGGAUGCUCCACUGCUGAAGAAGCAGACCUUGGCCCUGAGAAGGCAGAGGAAGGAGGAGUUGACCCGUGAGUCCAAACAGACCAAUGAAAAACUUCUCAAGACCUUUCUGAAGAGACAGGCAAUCAAAGCUGCACUUGGUGAUAAAAGCAAGGAGCCUCUGCCCAGCCUCUCCACGGUGAGGAGAGAUGAAGUGGAUGACAUGUAUGUUCUGCCUGCACUGCCACCUGCAGAGGAGAAGGACAAAUACAGUUCAGAGGAGGAGGAGGAGGCGGAGGAGCCGAGUCAGUGGGAGGAAACGGGCAGCAGUUUUCACUCAUAUGAGAGAGAAUUGUACGAGAACCCAAACUCAGUGGACAUCAACUCUGAGGAGUUUUCCAGCCUGCCUCCUGAAAUGAAGCACGAGAUCCUCAAAGACAUGAAAGAGUUUUGCAAAAGGCGUCGGACCAUGUUCCAGAAACCCCCAGAGCAUUCAGGAGAUUUUUCCCAGUACCAGCUGGCCGGCCUGCUGCAGAGGAACCGCCUGAACCAGCGACUGGAGGGCGUGGAGAAGGAGAUGAGCCAGCAGAGCGCUGGCGGCGCUCCGCAGCUUUGCCAGGACGAUGGAGAUCAGCAGAGCCGCAGCGUGGAGUCGCAUCGGCUGGUUUCAGAGGACCACUCGCACUACAUCCUCAUUAAAGACUCCAAAAAGCGAGAGACUGGCCCGGACUCCCGGCCUGCAGCUGCGCCCUGGACCGGCAGCGCUCUGGCAGGCUGCAGAGGACGAGCCGCCGACAAACAGGAGCCCCUGUGGCGCCCUGUCCACGAGGAAGAGCAGAAGACAUGGGUCGGCUCUUCAAAAGGCUCCAAACCUCCGGAUUCCAAGCCGUCUCGGGCAGACACGUCUCCCCCGUCGCCUCGGACGCUCAAGGCGAUUCAGGACGCAAUGAACGACAUGUCAGAUGAGGAAGGAGUGGAGGAGACUCAGGGGGAUGGCAGCGUGUCUCCUCGUACACUGCAGGCUAUUAAACAGGCUCUGGCGGAGGAGGGAGAAGGAGCCAGUGGACAUAUGAGCAGCUCAGGCAGCAAACCGACUACCAGUGCUCAUCUCUCAGGGCCGCCAGUGGUCGUCAGCAGCUCAGAGGACGAGGCGGAAGAUCCAGAACGGCAGAAAUCCAGUCUUAAGCAGGAACAAAGUCUAACAGCCGAUGAUGCUUUAUUUGAUAGUAGCUCUGAAGAUGAGAUGGAGGAGGUGAUUGGACAGAGAAAUAAAGCGCUUCGCGUUGCUGCGUUGCAAAGGACAGAGAGGGAGACGCAAGCAAAUGGUGAAAAGACACAGCUGACGGAGGGUUUAGGUGCAGAAAGUGAAGGUCAGCAAAAGAGGCAAGGACGGCUUGAGGGACGAGAAUCGGAGCGCGAACCGCAGCGCAGCGCUCCGACUGCAUCCAGUCACAACGCAUCGUCUAUGAGCCUCUCUCCCCAGAGACGUGAGAAACCGCCCAGCACCGAGACUGAAAGUCAACCUGUAGCAUCAGAGCAGACGAGAAUCACACGCACCGCAGCUUCAGAUGGGCGGAAGCCAGAAUCCAGCAGGGAGAGUGAUUCAGAAGAGAGUUUCAUUGACGUGUCAGAAGAUGAAUCGAAAGGGGAGGAAGCGGAGGAAUCGUCUGUAACUGGAGAGAAUAAACCUCCUGAACUCACAGAGGACGAGAUGCUGGCAGGAGAAAAGUCAGAGGAAAGUCUGUCUGAGGUUCCCGGUGCUUCGGCUGCUUCUGUGAGUCCAAAAGAUGAAGAAAAAGAAGAAGAAGAAGACAGAAAGGAAGAGAAUGAAGAGAGUGAGCUGAAGGAGGAGGAGGAAACUCCGGCCACCAACGAAUGGGAAAACUUCGAUGUGGAGGAGCUGGAGGCUCUGGAGAGCUCGCUGCAGGUGGAGCAGAGCCACCUGAGGGAGCAGCAGCAACAGCAGGAGAGGAUGGCCAACUCUGUCACCGGCCAGAUGCAUCUGGAAAGCCAGGAGCUGCUGCGGCUGUUCGGCGUGCCGUACCUGGUGGCUCCCAUGGAGGCCGAGGCUCAGUGCGCGGCGCUGGACCGAGCUGACCAGACUCACGGGACCAUCACGGACGACUCCGACGUCUGGCUGUUCGGGGGACGACACGUGUACAAGAACUUCUUCAGCCAGAACAAAUACGUCCAGCACUACCAGUACAGCGACCUGCAGAACCAGCUGGGCCUGGACAGAACCAAAAUGAUCAAUCUGGCCUACCUGCUCGGAAGCGACUACACAGAGGGGGUGCCCGGGGUCGGCUAUGUGACUGGUAUGGAGAUACUGAACGAGUUUCCAGGACCGGGACUGGAGCCGCUUGUACAGCUGAGCGCGUGGUGGUCGGAGGCUCAGGAGAAAAAGCGCCUGGUGGCCGAUCCUCGGUACACGAAGGUGAAGAAGAAACUGAAGGAGCUGAAACUGCAGCCCGGCUUCCCGAACCCCGCGGUGGCUCAGGCCUACCUGCAGCCCGCCGUCGACCAGUCGGACGGCUCCUUCAGCUGGGGGCGGCCGCAGCUGGACAUGAUCAAAGAGUUCUGCCUGAACCGUUUUGGUUGGAACAGCCGGAGGACGGAGGAGACGCUUCAGCCGGUCAUCAAGCAGCUCAACCUGCAGCAGACUCAGCUGCGAAUCGACUCUUUCUUCCGCCUGGAGCAGCAGGAGAAGCAGGCGAUCCGCAGCCAGCGCCUCCGGCGAGCCGUCACCUGCAUGAAGAGGAAGGAGAGAGGAGGAGGAGGGGAGGAAGACGAGGACAGCGAGGAGGAAAUGUCUUCCCCGUCCAAAUCCGAGAAAGGGAGCGUGAAGAAAAGAAAAGGAGAGAAGGAAGAGGAGAAGCCCGCGGCCGGAGGAGGGUUUCUGGGCUCGGAGAUGACUCCAGAAUCUCCUCUCAAAUCCCUCGUAGACGGCGGCGGCGGCGGCGGCCAGGAGUCCGUCACAGUAAAACCUGCUUCGCAGGCCGAUCAGAGUCUGUCUGUGAGGACCAGAAACAGCAGCAGCAGCUCCGGUGACGACAGUGACGGUGGGCCGAAGGUCGCCAUGGUUACGGCGCGGUCUGUGUUCGAGGGCAGCAACAGAGGGCGGCGAGUUCGGAGCGCACGAGGAAGAGGAAGCACGAGAGGAAGAGGCAGCCUGAGGGGAAGAGGUCGAGGAAAGAAGGAGUGAAGACUCUAAAGUAAACAUGAAUUGUAGCAUUAAUUGUGAAACCACACAAAGAAAGACCGUACCCAAUGUUCAGGAAAUUCAAAGUUCAACUGAGUCUCUUGUCAUAAAAACCAUGAAUUUGUACCUCAAAACGUCUGAAAUGCUUUUCUACUGUCUAGAUGUAUAUGUUCGAGAAGAGUGUCUUUAUUUUGCAUUAAAACUUGUCGAGUUUGAA